AACCUAAGGAAUAAUAUGGAACUAAACAAUUCAAGGAUUCCAUCUGGAUAAUUCAGCUGUACGGCACUCCAAUUGUUCAAAAGAAGCCCACACUUUCAGAAUAAUCAACUAAAAUAUUACCCAUCAGCAUCAAAACACAAUUAGCUCGCCUUAAACUUGAAACAAAAAUAAAACAUUAAUGACUUUUAAUAUCAACUGACUAAAAUAUUUAAUAAAAAAAAGUUUUCAAACAUAUUGUGCUCGUCUUCCACGAUGUUCCCGAUUCUCCACGUCACCUCCUCUCGUCUAAUCACCAUCUGCAUUCGCCCAUCUCCUUGACCUUCCUUUGGCCGUCCUAUAAAUCUCCCCCAUUUUACCUGUCGUUUACCGGCUCUGAUCAGCAGCAAUACAAAAGGAAACCAUUUUCACUGUUUGCUGCUGUACACCAGGCCAGGGUCUUUCAACUUUCAACCCUAUCAUUGCGUCAAAACUCAAAGGUUUGAAUUUUGAACCGUUUUAACUACCGCCAUCGCCAUCUUCAUCUAUAAAAGGACACAACAUAUCUCUCUGAAUCUGCAUGCCCAUCCAUUUCUUUCUCUUUCAAGAAAGGCACUCAUCCACAGCCACAAGUCACUAUGCUUCCCUUUUUCUCCUCCAUUUCCAUUCCCUCUCCCUCCACAGCCCUCCCAUAUAUAAUUUCAUUUGUUUUUUUCCUUCUUCUUGUUGAGCAGAUCUCUUACUUGGUGAAGAAACGCCAAGCUCCUGGUCCGCCUCUUGUUCUUCCAUUUCUUGGCAACGCAAUCUCCUUGGUUAGAGACCCCACCAAUUUCUGGGACGCUCAGUCUGCUUUCUCUUCUGGGCUUGGCUUCUCUGUUAACUAUAUAAUCGGGAGGUUCAUUGUCUUCAUUCGCGACACUGAGCUUUCCCAUCUCAUUUUCGCUAAUGUCAGACCCGACGCUUUCAUGCUCGUUGGUCACCCAUUUGGUAAGAAACUAUUUGGAGAGCAUAAUUUGAUCUAUAUGUUCGGCCAGGAUCACAAGGAUCUCCGCCGUCGUAUUGCUCCGAAUUUUACUCCCAGGGCUCUAUCCACCUACUCAGAGCUUCAGCAGCUCAUUAUUCUCAAGCAUUUGAAGCAAUGGGAGAAAAUGGCUAACGAGAAUCCCAAUGAACCCAUUUCCCUUCGUCUGCUGGCUCGCGACAUGAACCUUGAAACUUCACAGACUGUAAUGGUUGGCCCCUACUUGAGCCCUGAAGCUCGAGAGAGGUUUAAGUUUGACUAUAAUUUAUUCAAUGUUGGUACCAUGAAGCUCCCUAUUGACGUCCCAGGUUUCGCCUUUAGAAACGCCAGGCUUGCUGUUGACCGCCUUGCCAAAACGUUAGCCGGAUGUACUGCACAGAGCAAAACCAGAAUGGCCAACAACGAGGAGCCCACUUGCUUGGUGGAUUUCUGGAUGCAAGAAACGAUCAGGGAAAUCUCCCAAGCAAAAACCACCGGAGAACCUAAACCGCCUCAUACCAGCGACGCCGAAAUCGGUGGCUACCUGUUCGAUUUCCUCUUUGCUGCUCAGGAUGCUUCCACGUCUUCGCUUUUAUGGGCAGUGGCUCUGCUCGACUCCCAUCCCGACAUCUUAUCCAGAGUUCGGGAAGAAGUUUCCAGCAUCUGGUCGCCGGAGUCUAAUAAUCUGAUAACUGCAGAGCAGGUCAGGGAAAUGAAAUACACCCAGGCGGUGGCUCGCGAGGUUAUUAGGUACAGAGCGCCGGCUACCUUGGUUCCCCAUGUAGCCGUGAAAGACUUCCCAUUGACGGAGACAUACACAAUUCCGAAAGGGACCAUAGUGUUCCCGUCGGUAUACGAGAGUUCAUUCCAAGGUUUCACCGAGGCAGACCGCUUCGACCCAGACCGGUUCUCGGAGGAGCGACGAGAAGAUCAAAUCUUCAAGAGGAACUUUCUGGCAUUUGGAACCGGGGCCCACCAGUGUGUGGGGCAGAGGUAUGCUUUGAAUCAUCUGGUGCUAUUUAUCGCCAUGUUCUCUACAUUGCUUGAUUUCAAACGCCACCGAACCGACGGCUGCGAUGAUAUCGUGUACAAUCCAACGAUUUGUCCGAAGGACGGUUGCACGGUAUUCCUCUCUAGACGUUGCACAGGAUUUCCCAAAUUCCGAAUGGAAUAACGAAAUGCCACGCGUCAAUUUGCGUCAAACUCUUGGGGAUUUUUUUUUUUGUUUUAAAAAAAAAUUGUUGAUUAAUUUGUGCCGUUGGUGUGUGUAUAGAUGUGAUGGAUGGGUAGGAUUUUUUUUUAUUAAUAUUGUGGGAACAUUGAUUGGUGGAAAUUUAGGUUUGUUGUCCAGUGAAAAAAUAAUAAUAAAUGAGUGUUAUGUGGAUUUGAUUAUGAC